CUAUAUUAUAUUUUAUCUAUGCUUUAAAAGAGCUAAUCAAUCUUCCGAAUUUUAACUCUAAAAAUCUAUUUUAUCAUAUAAUUAAUUUUGAAAGUAUGGAGAAAUUUGAAAAGCCACAGAUAAUUUGUCAUAUUGAAAAAUCUGUAAAUUAUUCAUUAUUUGACGCAAAAUGGAUUCCGUGUAGUACGAAGUUUGUAGUUAUGGGUUCGCGUCCUCGUGGUAGUGGUAUUAUACAAAUUUAUGAAGUUUCUAGUGGUGAAUUGAAUCUUAUUAAAGAUAUUGAAAGAUCACAACCAAUAAAAUGUGGAACUUUUAAAGCAUCUAGUUUAAGAGACAGAUAUUUAGCAACUGGUGAUUUCCAGGGUAAAUUGAAUAUCUACAAUCUAGAAGAUCCCUCAAUACCAAUUUAUACUGUCUGUGCUCACAAAGAAAUUAUAAACAGUAUUGAUGGUGUAGCUGGACAGAGUAUUGGAUGUGGUGCACCAGAAAUAGUAACUGGUUCCAGAGAUGGAGGAGUUAAAGUCUGGGAUCCUAGGUUGAAAGGUCGGCCAGUUGCUGUAAUGGAACCUAAAGAAGGUGAAACUCGUAGAGAUUGCUGGGCAGUUACAUUCGGAAAUUCCUAUAAUUCUGAAGAAAGAAUAGUAGCUGCAGGAUAUGAUAAUGGAGAUAUAAAAAUGUUUGAUUUAAAAGCAAUGGCACUUUUAUGGGAAAGUAAUCUCAAAAAUGGAGUUUGCAGUAUUGAAUUUGAUAGAAAAGAUAUUCCAAUGAAUAAGUUAGUAGCUACUACAUUAGAAUCAAAGUUUUACUUAUUUGAUUUAAAGACUCAACAUCCUAAAAAAGGAUUUUCUUAUCUAACUGAAAAGGCUCAUAAUUCAACGGUAUGGUUGGUCAGACAUUUACCACAAAAUCGUGAAAUAUUUGUUACUUGUGGUGGAGGAGGAAAUCUUUGCCUAUGGAAAUAUAACUAUCCGGAAAAACGAAAAAUAGUAGAUAAAGAUGGUAUAGAUCAAGGAGUUGUUGGCAAUUUGACCCUUUUACAAAAUAUUACAGUUUCAUCACAACCUGUUAGUUCUUUAGAUUGGAGUCCAGACAAACAAGGAUUAGCUGUUUGUACUGCAUUUGAUCAGUGUUUAAGGGUGAUUAUCACUACGAAACUUAAUACUUUUUAAGAAGAUAAAUAGAAUAAAUUCAUUUUAAAAUUUAAUAAAAAAAAGAUAUUAUUUAUUUAUUUUCAUUAUAUACAUUUAUAUUAUUACAUGCUAUUUAUAUUAUUGAAUGUAAAUCUUUCAUAUUAUGUUGAAACAAAAAUUCCAUUGUAAAUAAAUAUUAAUUUAAUUUAAUUUAAAA